AUGCCCGCACACUUGGGCCACGAGGAGUUCUUCACCUCCCUCACCACCCUCCUAAAUAACACAUCCCAGAGAACUCGCGGAUCAGUGUACCUCACGCAGAAGCCCCUCCUCAACACCACCACCGAGUCAGCGUCGCAACCAUCCAUCCUCAUCCGCGCGACAGACGGCAACACCAACGCCCCGAACCCCAGGACGGCCGAGGCCAAGAAGAAGGUAUCGAAGUCAGGAUCGGCAGCAUCGAAGGUGAAGAUAUCAACGGUGGUGAGCCCUGAUGAUCUGGAGGCGUUCUAUGCGAGGUAUGCGGAGGUGUGUAAGGCUGGGAUGACGGGGUUGAAGAAGAGGGAUCGGAAGAAGGGGAAGGCGAAGGGGAAGAAGGAGGGGGGAAAGGUUAUUAAGGGGUGA